AUGUGGAUUCUACUGUUUUGCUUUUGGCAAAUUUCGCUAGUUCUGGCUGACUCUCCAGUCGUGGAUUUGGGCUAUGCGAAGUAUCAAGGUCGCUCAACCUCCAUGGGAGUUUCCCAGUGGCUUGGAAUACGGUUUGCUGCUGCACCACUUGGUGACUUGCGAUUUGAGGCGCCUCAGGACCCUGCUGUGGUCUCAGGUGUUCAGCAGGCUACUCAGCAUGGGAAACUAUGUAUUCCAGUCGCUAGCAGCUUGAAUACAGCCGUCCCUUCUAAUACUGCAGAAGACUGCCUAUUCCUAGAUGUCUAUGCGCCAAAAGGGGCUGCUGCUGCUGGCGACAAGCUGCCAGUCUACUUCUUCAUUCAAGGAGGUGGCUUUGCAGCUUUGACUAAUCCCAACUAUAAUGGAUCGGGAUUGAUUCAAGCAUCUGGUAAUAAUAUCGUGGUUGUAACCUUCAACUACCGCGUCGGACCCUUUGGCUUCCUCGCAUCGAACCAGAUAGCAAGAGGAGCAAGCCUUAACAACGGAUUAAAGGACCAACUUAAGGCUCUUGAGUGGGUGCAGAAGCAUAUCAGCAAGUUCGGAGGUGAUCCCGAUCAUGUCGUUAUCGGUGGAGAUAGUGCUGGUGGUGCAUCAGUCACACUUCUACUCUCUGCCUACGGUGGUCGGGAUGACGGUUUAUUUGUUGGAGCUGCAGCUGAAUCCCAGAGUUUCGGAGCAAUGCUCAACGUGACUGAAAGUCAGUUCUCUUAUAACAGACUGGCAACUCGAUCAGGAUGUAACAAGAGCAAUGACACUCUAUCAUGUCUUCGAUAUCUCAACGUCAACGCCUUACAAAGUGUGAACAUCGUCACUCCAUUGCCAGGUGCUCCAGGGAACCCGUUGUACUUGUACAGUCCGACAAUCGACGGGGACCUAGUGCAAGAUCACACGAUCACUCUUUUCGAAGAAGGGAAAUUUGUCAAAGUCCCGGUAAUAUUCGGAGACGAUACCAACGAGGGAACCAUCUUCGUUCCAACAAACACCUCUAGCGUGCAGCAAGCCGACAAUUUUAUCAAGGACCAAUUCCCAAGUAUAUCUACCGACCAAAUAAACAAGAUCAACGACAUGUAUCUACGAAAAGACCAGACUCGGAAUUUCCCCAACACAGGACCAUACUGGCGACCCGCUAGUAACGCCUACGGAGAGCUUCGGUACAUCUGUCCCGGGACGUUGAUGUCCUCAGUCUACGCCAAAGCAGGAUUACCAAGUUGGAACUACCACUACGCGGUGCUAGAUCCAACACAAGUAACCGAGGGAUUUGGUACACCUCACACCGUUGAAGUGAAUGCAAUCUGGGGACCGGGUUAUGUUAGCACAUCUCCACCAGCAUCCUAUUAUACAAGUAAUGCGGGUAUUGUUCCUGUGAUGCAGGGGUACUGGACAAGUUUUGUUCGAACUUUGAAUCCUAAUACUCUUCGAGACUCUUCAAGUCCUGAGUGGAAUACCUGGGGAUCGGGUGAUGAUGCUUAUAAUCGGAUUUUCAUUCGAACGAACCAGACAAAGAUGGAGAGUGUUCCAUCGAGUCAACGGAGUCGGUGCGAGUACUUGAUUAGUAUUGGGGUUGAGUUGAGACAGUAA